UGAAAGGGGCGGGAGCGUGGGCGAGCCCGGCGGUCUGAGCCUGCGGAGCUGCAGCCUCCCCUCCGUCUUUAUUAGUUGGAUGAGCGGGAAGCGUGGGAAGGAGUCGCCGCCUUAGCGAUCUGGUGGGUGACGGCGAUGCCCGGAGAGCGAGGCAGGAGCGCGACCGCUGGCGGGACCCCAGAGCCUGAGGUAAAAAGAGCUCCCACGCUUUGUCCUCCAAGCUUCGCAGUCCCAAAAACUUUCAGGGAGAAAAGGAAGGUGAGCUUCGGCUUUGGAGAAGAAAGCGGACGCCUUCGUCGCGUGCUUGUUGUGGGGGAAGAUUUGGGAAUAACUGCGCUUCUGAGUAGCUCUUGCAGACUCUCCAGUUUAGCCCGUCCAAGGCUUCGUAAGAUCAUCUAGCCGUGGCUGUGGCUGUACAAUAUCAAACGUGGCUGCGUUACUGUUAAAUCAGGGCGCUGGAAAGCGCUCGUCUGAUUUUAGCCUCCCGCUGGCUCUUUGAAUCCCGCCUAUACCUGAUGAUUUCCUGGCCACUAAGAUGUUUUGAAUGUUGAAAUUCUCUUUCUAACAAUGAAUGGUUCACAAUCAUCAUCCUUGUCUGGAAUUUCUACUUGUGGUGGAGAAAAACGCUUCAAUGUAUUAUUUUCUGCCAUCUUCAUGACUGUUGGGAUUUUAUCCAAUAGCCUUGCAAUAGUAAUUCUCAUGAAGGCAUUUAAGAGGUUUAGGCAGAAAUCAAAAGCAUUGUUUUUGUUUUUUGCUAGUAGCUUGGUUAUCACAGACAUGUUGGGCCAUCUCAUCGUUGGAACUAUUGCAGUAUUCGUAUAUGCAAAUGAAAAAAAAUGGAAAAAAUUUGAUCCAUCAGAAAAGAUAUUUUGCAAUUUUUUUGGUAACUGCAUGGUGUUCUUUGGACUUUAUCCUCUUUUUCUGGGCAGUGUGAUGGCUGUGGAACGCUGCAUUGGAGUGACAAAACCAAUAUUUCAUUCAACAAAAAUGACUUUUAACCAUGUAAAAAUGAUAUUGACUAUGGUGUGUCUUUUUGCUAUUUUCAUAGCUUUGCUGCCAAUACUGACAUCAAAGAAGUAUACAAUUCAAGCAUCAAAAACCUGGUGCUUCUAUCAAACAGAGAAAAUUCAAGAUUGGGAAGAUAGAUUUUACCUCUUACUUUUUUCAUGUUUGGGUUUGCUGGCCCUUGUUAUUUCACUUUUGUGCAAUGCUGUGACAGGAAUUACACUUUUAAGAGUCAAAUUUAAGAGUCAACAUAGACAGGGCAGAUCUCAUCAUUUUGAAAUGAUCAUUCAGCUCUUGGGUAUAAUGUUUGUCUCUUGCAUUUGCUGGACUCCUUUCCUGGUAAUCAUGGCCAUUAUUGGAAUAAAUGGAAAUACCUCCCAUAAAACAGUACCCUGUGAAACUAUAAUUUUUGCUCUUCGAAUGGCAACGUGUAACCAAAUAUUGGAUCCAUGGGUAUAUAUUCUUUUGAGAAAAGCUGUUCUUAAAAAAUUGUAUGAGAUUGCUAGAAGAUUUUGUGGAGUACACCUCAUUAAUUUGUCUACAUGGGAACUCAGUUCCAUUAAAAAUUCUUUAAAAGUGGCAGCAAUUUCAGAUUCACCAAUUAGUUCUAAGCUGACAAACCAACAAAUCAGUAUAAAAGUACCAUAAAACAAAGCACAGAAAAUGAUGAAAGUAAAGGUUUGUUGUGUACAUUAAAACCCAAGAAGUGGCUCCAAUUAUAGAUAUGUCUCAAUCUGGAAUUGCUACUACAGGAUAUUUGACUUGUGAAUAUAAAAAAUCUUUUUUAUUGGACAUAACCAGCCACAUCUAGUGCCAAAUACAGGUAGUUCUGGAUUUACAACAGUUUGUUUAGUGACUGUUCAAGUUACAACGGCACUGAAAAAUGUGAUUUAUGACCAUUUUUCAUAGCAACAGCACUUAGAUUUAUAUACCGCUUCACACUACUUUCCAUCCCUCUCUAAGCGGUUUACAGAGUCAGCAUAUUGCCCCUAACAAGCUGGAUCUUCAUUUUACCCACAUCGGAAGGAUGGAAGCCUGAGUCAACCUUGAGCCUGGUGAGAUUCGAACCGCCAAACGGCAGUCAGCAGAAGUAGCCUGCAGUACUGCAUUCUAACCACUGCGCCACUGUGGCUCAUAGUUACAACUUUUGCAGCAUCCACAUGAUUGUGAUCAAAAUUCAGAUGAUUGACAACUGGAUCAUAUUUAUGACUUUUUCUGUCCCUUUUGCAACCUUCUGACAGACAAAGUCAAAGGGGAAGCCAGGUUCAUUUAACAACCAGAUUACUAAGUUAUCAACUGCAGUGAUUCACUUAACACCUGUGGCAAGAAAAGUUGUAAAGUGGGGCAAAACCCACUUAACAAAUGUCUCUCUUAACAACAGAAAUGUUGGGCUCCACUUGGACAUAAGUCAAGGACUACCUGUAUUUCCGGAAUUUCUAAAAUAAAAAAAGGGAGGCAAUGAUUAUUAUACUUAAAAUUAUUAAAUAAAAAUGUUAAAGAACCUCAAUAAAAAUAAUACGUUAGCGGCUGUGAAAUAAUUCUGAAUGAAGUAGAGAUUUAAAUGUUUGGGGUUUAUGUUAAAAUGAAACUUAAAAACAUGUUAUCAAAUGUAAAUGCUUAACAGCACAAUUAAAAUUGAUUAUUCUUGAAAAUGUUUAGCUCUGUUGGAUUUGAUGACAAUAUGCAUACAUAUGUGACAGAAUUUAGAGACCAGUGUGUCCAAACAACACAACUUUUGAGAAGUAAUAUUUUAUUAACACUUCAGAUGGGAGCAGAAUGAAACCAGGGCAAGCAUGAAAAACUAGAUAAUUAAGUAUCGUAGUGUUGAAUUUUACAAUGGAUGUGCAGUGACAUUAUGUAAAAAGCAUUAAUUUUGAAAAUGUUCCUUGACUUGCUAGUAUAAAGCUUUUGCUGUUGUUGUUGUUUUUUUGCAAAUAUUUUAUCUAAAUCUUAUAAAACAGAUGGAAUAUUACUUUAUAAAUGAAAUAGCCCUGCAUUUUGGAUUUUCUGAGCAGAAACAAAUGUAUAUAAAUUGGUGUAACACAAUAAAUUAAUUUUGUAAUCUGAAAAUUCCACCCUACAAUUUUAAUGGUUACUAAACAAUUGGAUGCUAUACUAUAUUGAUAUUUUGAAUUAUAGUCAUAUGAUUAUACAAUUACUUCCAAAGUAUUGUGAGUGUUUAAGACUACAGUCAAGUCACAUGUAUGCAUAGAAAAGUUGUAUAGUAUAUAUAGUAUUAUAUGUCAAAUGUUAAUUUAGGUUUAAUUUUACUGUUAUAUAUUAUUUCAUAUUUGCAGGCUCAUCUUAUUAAUAGAUACACAAAAGUCAAACACUUGCUGGUUUUAUUGACAGUAGAUUCAGGCAACAUUAAUGUGAGAAUAUAUCAUUCUUGGUUUGAGCUAAAUAAAAGAAUGCAUUACAUUUAGUUUAAAUCAUAAUACUUCAUGUUAAAUGUAAAAGACAUUAAAUAUGCCCAAUAAACUGAAUUUUCAAUACACAAAAGAUUAAAUGGAAGCUUUUAUACAUAUUAAUAUAUUAUUAAAUUAACAGCUUAUUAAAUUGAUUUACAUAUGUAUAAAUACAGACUCUUAAUAGAACGUAUGUAUGUUCUCUCUGGCUCUCUGUCUCGCUCUCUCUCUCUGUGUCAUAGAUCUUAGCUGUAAAUUGUUAGAAGUUAGCAUCAUUUCAUUGUUUGUAUAUAGCUUCACAUAGUUUGUAUAAAAUGUAUGUAUAAAUUUACAGAAUAGAAUAGAAUAACAAAGUUGGAAGGGACCUUGUAGGUCAUCUAGUCCAAUCCUCUCGCCCAAGCAGGAGUCCCUACACAAUUUCCAGAUAGAUGGUUUAGAUUUAGUAAGGUUCCUAGGAUCUCAGGCAAUCAAGUGCCCAGGAUUUUUUCUCACUUGCAUUAUGCUGGAGCUUUCUUUAAAAAACAAAACUGGCAAAGAUAAUUAAAGUAGAAUUUUACAGAAUGAAAUCAGCAUGCUAAAGAAUGCCAGUGCUAUUAUUGCUAUUAUCCGUAGCGUAUAAUAUUUUAUUACUAUUCAUGUCUACAUGCUGGUCAUCCAAAAGAGUUAUGUGUUAGGUAUACUGUAUGAGAGAGAAAUAAAGAGAAAAUGCAAAGUUUUAUUAACCGUUUUCCAAAUUUAGGCCUGUACAAUUUCUAACCUACCAUACUGAAUUAACCCCACCACAGGGGCGGGUUCUAAUUUUUUUUAUUACCAGUUCUGUGGGCAUGGCUUAUUUUGUGGGUGUGGCUUUGGAGGUAAUGUGAAUGGGUGGGCAUGGCCAACUUUUUUUUUUUUUUUUACUUUUAAAAGCAUUAUUUCUACAACCUUAAGAGGUUGCAGAAAAAAAAUGCUUUUAGAAGCUUCUGUCGAUCAGGCAUAUCUGCUGGGAUCACCAGAAGCUUUUAAAGGGAUUUUAUUCCCUACAAUCUCUUCAGCUGAAGAGGUUGCUUUUAGAAGCUUCUGACGAUCAGGCAAAUCUGCUGGGAUCGCCAGAAGCUUUUAAAGGGAUUUUAGAAGGGGUUGCAGAAAAAAUGUUUUCAGAAGCCUCUGAAGAUCCCAGCUGAGCCGCGCGAUCAUCAGAGGAUUUUUUUUUAACUUUUAAAAGCACUUUUUCAGCCAAAGAGGUUGUAAAAAAAAUGUUUUUAAAAGUAAAACAGAAAAAGCCUCUGAUGAGGUGGGCGGGGUAAGCGAGUGGUGACCGAGCUGGGGUAUGGCCAGCCAAUGUUAUUACCGGUUCUCCGAACUACUAAAUUUUUUUACUACCGGUUCUUGUGAACCGGUGCGAACCGGGAGCAACCCACCACUGCCCCACCAGUUAUGUAAAAGCAGCCUGCCAAGUGUCUCUAUUUUUAUGUUCCAGAAAAAGAUCUUAAUCGUUGAAGUGUAAAGCUGGUGAAAGAUAAUUCUUAAAUUGCAGGUGUGACAGUGAUAGAGUAAUCAAAUGUUAACAUUUAGAAAAAUGAAGAAAUAUAACAAUGUGGAGGAUAUCCGCAUCAUUUUGUUAUCAUUACCAAUUUUUUGCAGCUUUCUUGAAUAAAUAUUAUCAUCUGGAUAGAGUAGGCUUGAUAUAUAGAGAGCAAGAUUACAGUUCAGUGAUGGAACAUGUACUUAUACAUGGAAGGUAUUAAAUUUGUAGUAUCUUCAGGGAAGGCUGGAAAGGGCCUUUUUCAAUACUGUUAAUAUAGUCAAUACUGAGCUAGAUGGACCUCAAAUCUGACUUGAUCUAAAAAGCCCUUUAAUCUAUAACAGAUUGAUGCUAUCAUUAUACAUCAUUACAUUACAUUAUGCAUAUAAUAUUAUUAUACAUUACAACCGAGUCCCUUCGCCUUGCUCUGAUGUUUGAAACUGGACUUUUGAAGAUAGAGUCCACAGCAUUACUAUGUUAUAUCCAAUUUACAGGUACAUAAGAAUAUUUCUGUUUAUUCAGUGGUACUUCCCCUCUACAGUACUUAGCCCAUGCAUCCUGCAAGUCUCUUCCGGGUGCUCUCCAAUUUUCUGGAGUAGUUUUGGGAAGAGGGAGAGAGAGAUGGUUCCAGAAGAAUGGAUUUUAUUCCUUCACUAUAAUAAUUCUUUUGGACAAAACCUGCCUAGGGUGUUUGAAUAGUUAAGUUAGUCUCAGUGACUAUGACUGAUGUUUUGGAAAUCUUCAAAAUGAAAAGAGUAAAUGAUAUUUAAAUUUGUGGGCUUGAAGAAGGGGUAUCAAGUGAAUAAAUAUGUAUGUAAUUUGCAUUUUUUUCAUUCUGGCUGUAUUGUUUUCAUUCUGUAUGUAUAUUUCUAUUUAUAAAUUGUAUAAAAUGCAGAGUGAAUGUAUGAUGUAGUGCCUCAUUAAAUUUAUUAUAAUGUGCCUUUAUUGUUAUGAUGUGCUUGGAAUAGCAAGGGAGAAUCGCAAAUGCUGAAAAAAAAAGUCAUACUGUGAAAGUCACAGAAGUAUUACAAAUACUGGGAAUAUUAUUGGUGACUGUAUAGUUUCAGUAUUUAAAGGUGACUCUGCUAACUUUUUCUGGUUGCAAAUAAAGCUAUUUAAUAUUU